UCCAGUGCGGCGCUGCUACCUUGAACCACACAACAAACACCCUACUCUAGUCUGGAGAGAGCUUCCGGGAGCACAAACAAGCAAUGGCGGAGUUCGCUCUUGGGCUGACCAAGACGGCGGUGGAGGGGACCUUGAGCAGGGUCAAGUCGGCGAUAGAGGAGGAGGCGAGGCUCAAGGAGAAGGUGCAGCACGACCUGGUGUUCAUCACCGCCGAGUUCCAGAUGAUGCAGUCCUUCCUCAACGUCGCCAACAAGGAGCGCGCCGAGAACCAGGUGGUGCGGACCUGGGUGAGGCAGCUUCGCGACCUGGCCUUCGAUGUCGAGGACUGCGUCGAGUUUGUUGUCCAUCUGGACAACAAGUCGACAUGGUGGUGGCGGAUUGUGCCAUCAUGUAUGGCACCGCCGCGGCACCGGCACCUCGACGAGGCCGCCGCCGAGAUAAAGCUGCUCAAGGAAAGGGUCGAGGAUGUUAGCCAGAGGAACACACGCUACAACCUCAUCAGCGACUCUGGCUCCCACACCAAGGCCAUCUCAGUGGCGGAGCAGCCGGCCCCGGCCACCGCCAACCCAUCAGCAUCUGUUUUCCCCCUCUUGCGGGAAGUGUGGGAUGUUGCUGGGAGGAUAAGCAACAUCGACAACCUCCAAGAUGUGAUCACUCAUGAAAGCAACGACCUUCAAGUGAUCUCGUUAUGGGGAAGUACAGGGGGUGAUCUUGGAGCCACAUUCAUCUUCAGGGAGGUGUAUUACAACAAACAAAUCUGCCAAGAAUUCAAAAGCCGAGUCUGGAUAAAGCUGAUGCAUCCCUUUAACCGGGACGAGUUCCUCAAGAGCUUCAUGAUUCAGUUAUGCACAAGCUCCCACCAAGCAACUGUUGGAAUGGAGGAUUUCGGUACAAGGAUGAAAGUAGCAAGAGUGGUUACUGAAGACGAUCUAAUCAAGGCCGAGCAACUCAUGAAAGAGAAUAGGUAUCUCGUCUUCCUCGAAGAAGUAUCCACCCUGGCAGAGUGGGAUGCUAUCAAAAUCUACCUGCCUGACUGUAAGAAUGGCAGCCGGAUUGUCAUGUCUACGCAGGACUUAGGUGUUGCACUUAUGUGCACUGGGGAUCCAUACCAAGUAUCGGAGCUCCGGCACUUCUCUCACGGUCAAGCUAUUUGUGCCUUUUUCAAGACGGUCUCCUCUAGUCGUCGCCGUGAUAUGAGUGAACUUAAACGGCUGAUAAGACGAGUCGGUGUGAUCUCUGUGCAUGGUCGCACGCGGAGCAAGUUAGAACUUGUCAAAGAGUUGUACCACUGCAUAAAGGAUAUUGACGAGGAACAGUAUUUUAGCUUCCAGUUUGGAAAUUAUAGAUGGGUCAAUGUUUCCAAUGGACUGAAUAGGAUGGACUUUCCUCGACGCUUACAUUUGGAUUUGGAUGAUGUUGAUGAUGAUUAUGAUGACUCAGCCGAUAAUGAUUCAGAUGAUUCUCGAGGCAACGAAGUUGACCAUGAUGAUUCACAUGGUCUUCAAGCAAACGAAGUUGCAGCAGUUGACCAAGAGUUAAUUGAAGGUUGUUGUAAGACUCUGCAUGAAAAGGAUUGCCUUGUUGUCAUUGAUGGUCUGCAGUCUACAGAAGACUGGGACUGGAUCAAAGAUACCUUCUUAACGCAGCCUACUAAAGGUUGUAUUGUUGUCAUUACAAAUGAAGAACACGUGGCCAAGCAUUGUGUAGAUGAUGAAGAAUAUCGGGCCAUCAAUUGUGAAUAUCUGGAGCCCAAGGGUCGCAGAAUCGAAGAGGCACAUGACUGGACCAACAAGUUCCAACUUUUUGGGCAUGACGGUGAUGGGGAACUUCCAUCAGAGAAGGUGACUGCGGUGUGGGGGAUUGCUGGUAUUGGGAAAUCAGAUUUCGUCAGAAACACUUACUACAACCGCAUCCUUGGUAUCUUAGGAUUCUCAUAUGUCGGAAACAUUUUUAGCUACUAUAGUUGGGUUGAUGUGCCCCAUCCCUUCAAUUUGACAGAAUUUUCUCGGCGCCUGCUUCUAGAUUUCCAUUCUGAUGAUAUUCAAGCCAAGGAAGUGGCAUCAAUUAGUAUAAUAGAAGGCCAGGACCCAAUUCAAGGGUGUCGUAAUAUCAUGAGUCGGCAUUCCUACUUAGUAGUUUUUGAUGGCCUGCGGUCCAAGGAUGAAUGGGACUUGAUAAAAGACACCUUCUUAUCUGAGUUAUCUGGGCAUUCUGCACUAAGCACUAUUGUUGUCAUUACAAAUGAAGCAACUGUGGCCAGGUAUUGUGUAGAUAAUAAGGAUGAAUGUGUGGUCAACGUCAAAGGUCUAGAAGCUGGUGAGGCCCUUGGUCUGUUCAAAAAGGUACUUGGUCCCGACAAGAUAUUGACUCCGAGGGAGAUGAAACUUUCAAAACAUAUCUUGGCCAAGUGUGGAGGCCUUCCCAAAGUGAUAGUUGCAAUAGGCAAGUAUUGUCGUCGUCGCAAUAAGGUGGAGGAUAUAAAGGAAAACUUUAUGGACAUGUUGGAAAACGACGCUAAAUUUGACUGUUUAAGGGGUCUAUUUUCUUGGAUGCACUCCUACUUUGAAGAUUGCAACGAUUCACUCAAGCCAUGUAUCUUCUAUUUGCCGGUAUUCCCUACAAACCACAACAUUAGGUGGAGGCGUUUAAUGAGGCGGUGGAUCGCGGAGGGUUAUUCCAGGGACACAUCUAGUGGUACUGCAGAGGAGAAUGGAGAAAGGUUGUUCUUUGAACUUGUCGAUUUGAGCAUAAUCCAACAACCAUCAAGUAAGUCCAUGUGUCGAGUCAAUGGUUUCUUCCAUGAAUACAUUAUCUCACGACCAAUGGAAGAUAAUCUUGUCUUUGCACUGGAGGGGCAUUGUAGUCUGAACUCGCAACUUGUGGGAAAGCACCUCACCAUAAGAAAAAGCUGGGAUAGGGACAUCAAUGUGUUUGAGAACAUUGAUUUCUCAUCACUAAGGUCUUUGACGGUGUUUGGGGAAUGGAAUCCAUUCUUCGUAUCUACCAAUAAUAAUAUAAGACUUCUUCGGGUGUUGGAUCUAGAGGACACAACAAAUGUAACAGAUAAUGACCUUGAGCAGAUCGGGAAGCUACUGCCUCGCCUCAAGUUCCUCUCCUUACGAGGACAUAGAGCGAUGACCCGUUUGCCAAAUUCAUUGGGUGACCUGAGGCAACUUCAAACAUUGGAUGCCCGACACACCUCCAUAGCCACACUCCCACAAGGUAUCACCAAGUUGCAAAAGCUGCAAUACAUACGUGCCGGCACAAGUAAACAACCAUGGAAUGAAGGUGGUAGAGUCAUAAGCCUAACAGCACCAUAUUAUGACAGUACAUUGACACCAGCACAAGAUGGCGAUGGCACUCCCCCAAGCCAACACCCAGCAGCAGCACCACCAACACAAAUAGAAGAAGGUGUUGGCAGCAGCACAAGCCAAGCAGGAGCACCAGAUGUAGUCAAGACAUCAAUAGCGUCAAGGCGCAUGCCACAUACUAUGCUAUCUAGCUGGUUUUCCAAGUUGUGCUACACAGCACCACGACUUAAUAGCCUUGGCGUUGAGGUUCCCGCAGGAAUCGGGAAAUUGACGGCCUUACAUACUCUUGGUGUUGUUAACGUCAGUGGUGUAGGUGGGAAGGCCAUCCUGAUGGAGCUCAAGAAUCUUUCCCGACUGCGCAGGCUCGGGUUGUGCGGCAUCAACCGGGAAAACUUGAAGGAGCUGUGUUCAGCCAUCUCUGGUCACGCCCAUCUGGAGUCUUUGUCAGUCCAAGUUGACAAGGAAGAGGAGCAGGGUUUGUUCUGCUGUUUCGAUGACACAAUCUCCAAGCCACCCAAGAACCUGAAGACACUUAAGUUGUAUGGGUAUGCACACAUAUUGCCAGGCAGCUGGAUGAAGCAUCUUGAUAACCUCAAAAGGUUGGAUCUUGAGAUGACCAUAUUCAGGCAAGAGGACCUACACGUCCUUGAUGAACUGCCAAAGAGCGAAGCCCUAGGUCACCUUUGUGUAAAGCUGAUUCAAGAUGCUGAGCUUCAUUUUACAACCCCAAAAGAUGUUCCGUACAACGACCUACAUCCGCGUGUGCUCGAGAUCGACUGUACCUCCAAAGUACAGGUAUCUUUUUUGCCGCCAGCUCGGAUGAUGGUAUAUGUUGAGGUGCUUAAGGUUCACUGCUCUAGUGGGUCGUCUCUGCGGUUCUCUGGGCUAGAGCAUCUAGUGUGUCUCAAGGAAGUGUGGCUCAAGGGUUCCUACGGAGACGAACUCAAGCAAGACUUGCAGCAGCAACUUUCCAGGCUUCAGAAGAAACCUGUAUUGAAGUUGGUGCAAUCCUGACUCCUGGACCGAUCAAUGAAGAUUCCAAGUUGCCAUUAAUGUAACGCCGAGAUAUAUGUACAUGUUGCAUGCCCUAGUGCUUGUUUAUUUCUCUGUAUAUAAUGUCCACACAAUAUGCAGCUGGAAUUUGUAUCGCUUAGAUUAUUAAUGUGUGUAUACAUGUGCGUUUCUGUAA